AAAAAGUGGUUUGAAAUGUUAUUACUUGAGAAAAACACGGAGCUGCGUAAGUUGCCCGCGGGGAAACUUUGCAACAUCGUGAAUAUUCUGGAAACAGAUAAUGAUUGGAAGAAGAUUAUGUCUCUCAUACCCAGGAAUCCUCGAAGCGAGUAUUUCGAACCAAAAUAUAAUAACGAACACAUCAAACAAAUAGAAGAUCAUGCAAGAGCAAGUAGCAGGAAGUGUGCUGAGAUAUUAUUUGAAGAGUGGGGUACCUCCGGCAAGGUGCGACCUACACUCGUUACUUUGAGAGAUGUUUGCACAAAGGCUACAAUUUACCGGGCUGCUGAUGAGAUUUCAAGCAUGAUACAAGAAUCUCCCCCACCAAGACCCCAAGACGGGCCUGCAGCAAGAAUAGACACAGAUAUAUUGUCUACUUCCACACUGCAGCAGCCAGACAGUACAGCUCAAAUAAAAACUGCCCCUGGCAAAGAACAAGCCGAAUCCUUAGGCCACAAAACUACUGCUGAAAUGGUGUCUGAAGGAAGAAACAUACCCAACUCAAGUCAAGAUGCUCAAGUCCCAUGGCAAACUUGGCUUCCGAAAAUUGAUUCAAUGCUGACAAAAUCAAAUGUGGCUGGUAUAGAUUCUGAAAUACUCAGAAACCAGGAAUUAAUUGACUUCCCUUACAAAGACCUUGAGAGAAUUACAAAACGGUUUACUGAUAAAAAGAUUUACAUUCCUGAUCCUAAUGGUGGGUCAGGUAAACUUGCUGGAAAAAUUGGUAGUGGAGGUUUUGGAGAAGUUUAUGCUGGUUUUCAUACUAUUUAUGGACAGGUGGCUGUGAAAAAAGCACGUACACACCUAGUGUUUGAUAAAAAACCUGAUAUUGCUGUAAAAGUAUUUAAUGCUGAAGUCAGGUUUCUUGCUCAGUUUAAGCAUAAGAAUAUAGUUCCGAUAAUCGGGUAUUCCAUAGAUGGACCACUGUGCAUUGUGUGUGAAUAUAUUGAUGGUGGAUCUCUGCAAGAUAAAUUAGCAGCUAAAAUACUGACAGAGAAACAACGUUUGAAGAUAAUGCUUGGUACAGCUGAGGGUUUGAAAUAUUUACAUGGAGGCAAGAAAUUGGAAUCUAAGAAAGAUAACAUUGAUUAUGAAGCAAAUGAUUCAGAGCAUUUUUCUAAAACUGGAAAUUUUGUACAUGGUGAUAUCAAGACAGCCAACAUUUUAUUGACUAGGGACUUCGUGCCAAAGAUAUGUGACUUUGGAUUAGGCAAGCAAUACAAUACUACCUGCAUGACUUCAUCACCAAUGGGAUCACACGCCUAUAUGGCUCCAGAAGGCUUCAAAGGCACCAUAACUCAAGAAAAUGACAUUUACAGCUAUGGUAUAGUCCUUUUAGAGAUGCUAACCGGACAUGGCCCUAUAGUUCACCAACAUCGUGAAACUAUCAAUAUAAAAGACUUUGUAGAAGAGAAUUGUCCUAACAAUGAGAUACAGAAUGUUCUAGACCCAUUUAUUGACAAAUGGACAAAGGGUAAGGAGAUAUAUACACUGGCGAAAAAGUGUUUGGAGUAUCGCAGGAAGCAAAGGCCUAAUGCAGAGGAAAUUGUUGAUACUUUGUACACUAUUAGUGGUUUUGAGAAGGAUGAUGAUAAAGGACUUCCACUUACCGUAUUGCCAUCUUAUUAAUAUAACCAAAAUUAAUGAUCUAAUUUCUACCCUGCUUAUAUUUUUUUAUGAAUAUUUACAUAUAUACAUAUAUUUUUAGAUAAUAUAUUACAAAAAUGCUACUAAACAGGCAGACAGGGUAGAAAAUUGAUAAGGGCAAAUAAUUAAUCGAAAAAUUACAUUUGAGAAUAUCGUCAUUAACUUUCAUUGGUUGGACCAUAUGCACGUCUUUUCCAAAUAAGGGCUAGUACCCUCUACAAGAAAUUCUCUACAGCAUGUCAGCACGCGGAAGUAUCCAGUAGCGUCCUGAGCUGUGGCCACCUGAACGCCCUCAGACAUUCCUUAAAAUUUUUUACAGUCCCCGGGUCACUCUUAUAUCCAGUGGUGCAGUUAAAUCAGUAUAAAACACUUCUUACUAAUAAGGUGCUAUAUGAGUAAAUAAAUAAAACGCACAUUUGCGUAUUACUUACACAAAUAUAUUUUUAGAUAGUUCUUAUAUAAUUCUAAUGAUAAAUGAAAUGUGAUAUAUGUUGUUUAUGGCACAUAGCUGCAGCAUAAUAGUGACUGCAUGUACAAUCAAUGAUUAAAAGAACUAAGUAGAUAUUUAAUAUAAACUACGACAAUUAAGAUUUAAGAUUUUCAUGGUAAACUUAAUAAUUAGCAUUAGCUAUUUCAAGUGUCUGCAGGAGGUAAAGAAUAGUCACUCCAUGAUAAUAAACGUGUGAUAGUGAUAAUUAGUUACAA